AUGUGUGGAAAUCUGCUACUUUGCGGUAUCGUCUCAACGUUCGGCCAAACGCAUAUUAAUGGGACGGCGAGUGUACGAGUUGUCAUAAUGAGCGGCCAGGUGAAGGCCGAAUAUGAUUUCGAAGCACAACCGGGCUCUGGCGAAAUGAGCAUCAGCGCCGGUGAAAUACUUACUGUUAUACGGCGAAAUGUCGAAGGCGGUUGGAUGGAAGGAAGAAAUUCCAGAGGACAAGUCGGUCUAUUCCCUGAAUCCUACGUUGUCCCUCAUUUUGGAGCGCCACCUACAGCUCCGCCGCCAUUACCUCCAUCAAUACCGCAAGUUUCCUCCCGACCAGCGCUUGACGAUUGGGGAACGUCCGGAUUUUCACUGCCACCACCAACCACUUCCGUUCCACCCUUCACUUCGGGCACUGGCGCCGGAACAACCAAUAACACUCAACCGGCUCCAUCAAGCGCUGGCGAUGAUUUCGAUGAUGAAUGGACAGAUGAGGACGAGGAGGUUUUGGAGACUGGUAAUCAUGUCCAUGAUCAGAGAUCAACGGUUAGUCGAAGUCAUUCCACUGGUGGUGCUGAACGUCAAGGACCAAGCAAGGUCAACCGAAAUAUUAAUAGAUUUUCCAACUUCGUCAAGUCUGGAAUGGAAGCAUACAUUCUUGGCGAGUCACGAAUGAACGGACAAUCAGGCGAAAAGCAUGAAAUUAUUAUCAGUGGUCCACUCGUACAAUGGCGUCCCAUUCAACAGUACUACACGUGUACAGUAGAUAAACCGAAAAAAGAGACAAAACUGAAAGGUCUCAAGAGUUUCAUCGCUUAUUCACUCACCUCUACGCUCAGUCGAAUACAGGUGUCUCGUCGUUACAAACAUUUCGAUUGGUUACAUGACCAGUUAUCCGCGAAGUAUAUAAUGAUUGCUAUUCCUCCUUUACCAGAAAAACAGGUUUCAGGACGUUAUGAAGACGAUCUCAUUGAUCACCGAAAGCAUAUUCUACAGUUAUGGGUGAACAAGAUCUGUCGUCAUCCAGUUUUAAGCCAGAGCGAGGUUUGGCUUCAUUUUAUCACGUGCACUGAUGAGAAAGAAUGGAAAAAUGGCAAGAGAAAAGCAGAAAAGGAUGAAUAUGUUGGUGGAAACUUCUUCAACUGUGUGACGGUACCGCAAUCUCCCCUUGACAUUGGUCAUGUUGAACGGCAAGUGGAAAAAUUCCAACGAAGUGUCAAGACUAGUGAGGACGCAAUGAGGGUGAUGCAAGAGCGCUUAGGCGUAUUCCAAAAGCUAUUCAUAGGACCUGUAAAAUCAAAUUGGCAGAAAAUGGCGCUUGCAUUUGUGACUUUGGCACAAUCUUUUCACACUGAUGAUCAUCCAGGAAGCAACAGAAUGGUGGACGCUCUAAAGCAAACCGCUCAUCACUAUCACCAAAUCGGUGACGAUUUUGAGGCCCAUUCCAAAAAUGACAUGGAACCAGUCAUGGAGAGCCUUUAUUCCUUCAAGGGCACUAUUCAAACUGCCCCUGAUAUUUUGCAUGUGCAUAAGCAAGCGGUCCAAAAAUAUCGCGAAUGCGAAGGAAAGCUUUCACAUGCAGACGCGGAUAGAAUAAAACGACGUGUGGACUCGACGAGCUAUGCAGUAUUGGCAGAGAUGAAUCAUUUGAACACAGAGAAGAUUGAGGACGUGCGUAUUACAAUGUUCAACUACCUUAAACGACAAGCAGAAUUCUACCAAAAGAUGGCGAACUCCUUGAACGAUAUGGCGAAACUCUACGAGUUCUAA